CAGUCUGGAGUGGCGUCAGUGUUGAGGUACAGUAGCUGUAGUGGCCCACUACCACCGAAGAAGAAGAAGAGGAGCAGGCUGUAGAGUAUUGUGUUGUGACUGAGGACUCACGCCAGAACAGAACCAGAGCAGCAAACAUGCAAGCCAGCGAAUCUGCAAAUAUCCUUAAUUUCCCAUCUAGGACCCGAGAGUAUGGGCUGAGGAGCAGAUGGGUUCUAGCGGUCGGCCUCGGCAUAGCUGUCCUGCUGGCUGUCACUGUAACGACUUUGGUCAUGCACUACUCACAGCGUAAAGUUGAACGGUCUGCUCCCAAAGCCCCCUCAACACCAAAGAUGAAGAGUAAUCAGCAGGAGAGUUGGCAGCUGUUUGAUAAUGACUUCUACCUCUUCUGGCAAAGCGAGGGGGCAGACUGCGAGACCGCUAAGAAGUUCUGUACCAAACGCCACGCCACGCUCGCCAUGGUAGAUCAAAAUAAUGUGCAAUGGAUACAAAAAACAUCGAAAGUCAAGCGGCUGUGGAUCCUUAAAGACCUGGAAGGAUCAGGAUCUGACGAGCAGACUGGUGGGUCUGCAGAUGUGGCGUGUGCUCUGUAUCCCUCUGGCUCCAAGAGCGGCAAAGGAAACGGCUGGAUCUGCAGGAAAGGAAGCUGAAUUCAGAACACAAAGAGUGCGUUGCAAUAUGCGACCUUGCCUCUUCCACUUGCCUCCUCCACUUGCCUCCUCCACUUGCUUCUCUCCUCGUACCAGGAAGUAAUAUGUCACGAUGACAUCACUGACAACAGCAUUAUAUUUCAAUAUCUUGCAAAAGCUCAAUUGUAGAGUCUUUUUCUCAUUUGCAAUUGGGAUGGUGAAUGAAAAACAGUCCCUCAAAAGUUGUUGUGGCUAGGCUGACAGCUGGGAAACUUUAUCGUUUUCUCCACGGAGGAGGGGCCAGGAGGCGGGACGAGGAGACAAGCGCAAGUGGAGGAGGCAAGGUCGCAUAUUGCAACGCACUCACACUCACACUAUUGGCCAGAGCUGCACUGGGGGAGAACUAGGGCCC